AAAACGCAGCAAUUCAAAAUGCGCGCUAUCGACUCCAUCGUAGCCGGAAAAAGCGUGACAUGGUACCCGGAGUACGCCCGCGUUGCGAAGUGAUAUUCAGCUGAGUGAAGCAAGUUUGCGGGCCCUUACCCCAGUGAAAUUCUUGUGCACGGCAUUUACAUGCGGGUUCAAAACUUCAACUGAUGCCAUCUAGAGGAUGCGCCCACAGAGCAUACCGUUUGGGGCAUACAGCAGCAACCCGAUAGAUAAUAGAACGCCGAACUAGAGAACACAGUGGCCUGCCGAACUGCGGGACUGCGGCUGGCGGUGUUCAGUUUGGAGGUGUGGACGCCGUGGUUACGACGUCGCGACGGCUUUGCAAACAUCGGCAAAGGAUGGGACGCCGGCACUUUCUCUGCACUGAGGCUUUCAGGUAGCGAAACAAGCAUGAGCUCCCUGCCCAGUCCCGACCGCGAAGCAGCGACGGCGUUGGUGUCAACGAACCCCGCCCCACGGUGUGGACGCUGUGUGACAGCGGCGCAUAGCUGAAACGGGAGGAGGCGACGAACCGAGAAAAAAAAGCGAGAGCUCGGAACAAACCCAAGAAGGAUGCCGAAACGCAAGACGCCCAAGCCUUUGUACCGGCUCUGCGUCGCCUACGUUGCCGGCACCAUCCACUCUCUGUGCCCGACGCACGGAGACGACGACUCGGCGGUGGCCAGCGUUUUCCCACCGCACGUGAGUGAAGACCUGGUGGACGCUCUGCAGACCUACAAGCAGUCGAACUUCACGUCUAUCCACCACCUACUCACGCACAGGCUGCGACGCAUCAAGCUCAGCUUCAUCGACUGUCACCUACCGAUCAACAAACCGUCUCGCCUACCCCGGCUCCUUCGGCAGAUCUCGGCUCACGGCAAGCAGCUUGUCGAGCUGUCGCUCGUCGGCGCCGUUCAUCAGGACGACUCGACGCUGGUCGCGGCCCUGGCCGGGCUUCCCCGUCUUCAAAAGCUCACGUUGUGCCUGUGCAACGUCACCGAUGGCGUAGUGCUCUCGAUCGCCCAGCACUGUCACGAUCUUGCCGAACUCAAGCUCUCCGGUCAGCGCCUGACGGACGACUCUCUGUACCUUCUCGUGGCCUGCGAGCAGCUGCGAUCGGUGCUGCUCGAGAGUGACAUGUGUAUCGAUCCGCGCAUCACGGUCUCCUCGUCAUUCCACCUGCUCCGAGGACUGCCCCGACUUCAAACGCUCAAGAUCCCGUUCCUGACCGAGGCGUUGCUACUGUUCCCCGCCGGCUGCAAGCUCUCCUUAGUCGAGUACAUAGAACGGAGCCGCAACCCGCUGCUGCAGUGCACCACUGCGCUGCCGCAUAUUGUCAGCAUCUGCCCCCUGCUGACACGUGUCAGUCUCGCCGUGACCGGCCAGGAGGUGAUCCUGCCACUGGGUCUCCUGAAGUCGUUGUCUGAUCUCACCCUUCGAGUCAUUGCCAACUCGUCAGAGCUGUACUUUCGUCGCCAAAUUGAACCAGUCCUCAAGAUGGUCGGGCCUCACCUGAAGACUCUCACCCUGUCCCUGCCCGACUUGGAUGUAUAUUCAGUUAGCAAGCAUUGUUCAGUGUUAAUGGACCUGGAGAUAGAAGACGUGCGGACGCUGAUUCUGUCAGACCAGCCGCCCGUCCUACAGCAGACCCAGUUCAGCCGGCUGCAGCGGCUUAAGUUUUUCCCCGACGAGAUGAAUGCAGUGACGCAAGAGCAGCUUUUUAGGAUGCUGUGCAACAUUGACAAGCUGACCGAGGCUUGCCUCGGGUGGUGCCAGCUGACGGACGCUUCUCUGGAGGCCCUUGUGGCCUCCGGCACAUUUGCCCACCUUCGCGAGUUCGAGCUGAAUGAAGUGGAGUACAUUUCUGGCGUGGGGCUACGUUCGCUCGUGGCUGCCGACAGUGACCUGGCUGCCCUGACCAUCUUUGGCUGUGACUUCGUGACGCGGGCUGACAUCGAGCAACUGCGGGAGCAGGUGGCUCAGCAGAACUUGGACCUUGUGAUUCGCUACUUCGAGCUCUGAGGCUUGUCGUCAUCUGUGGGGCCUCUGAGCUGCAGGUCAUCUAAGGGGCCUCUUCACAUUCCACACGGCAUUUUUCGAAUAAUUUAAUAAGAUUGCAUUUCGUUUUGCCAUAUCACUAAUGUGGGACUUUGCAAUAUUAUGCGACCAGUCGUCAGCAGCUUUAGUACCACACUGCUCUUUAGAAAACCAUGUUUUGUGUUCCUCUUGUAACACAUUUCGGUAAUGCAAUACCUAUGUCGCCCUAAGCAAUUGAAAUAAGCUCUUUGUACAUGUCGUUUUAUGUUUUGGUAAUACAAUUGCUGUGUUGCCCUUGGUAAAUUGUUUGCAAGCUGCUUAGUUGGAAUUCUCAUACCAAUUUGUGAACUGUAUUGUAGAUACAUAUGUAUAUGUAUAGUAGCCCGAAUUCGUUUGUGUAACUAUAUUUUUGGCUGAUUUUGUAAUUGAUGUUGCGUCGAAAAUGUGAAUAUAUUCUGUAUUGAAUAUAUCAAUUUCUAGAUAAAUGGCUCCUUUUUUUUUCAUUCAAAUAUUCCAUUGAAUAAACAACUUUCGCGAUUCAUGAAA